AAAGAGGGGAGGGGGAACGGGAGAGAGAGAGAGAGAGACAGAGCGAGAGAGAGAGAGAGAGAGAGAGACAGAGAGAGAAGAAUACUUUUCCUGUCACCUAACUUCUUGCAAACUGUGCUGGACUGGAGCAUGAGAAAUACAGAUUUAGGGUAGGAACACAUUGUGAAAUAGAAAAGAUAGAAGAAGGAUAUUGGCGAAAAGAGAGAAGGACUUGGAGUUCUCAGUCUACCAACAUGGAUUGUUCCAGUAGAGUUGACUGUGGCAGGGAUAGGUUUGGCGUCCAAACAAACUAAUUAUGAAAACAGCUGUUCUCGCUAAGGAAACCGGAGCAUUUGCUGGCUGGGGUGAAUGCUGAGCCUCGCUCCCCACCUAGAACCCCCCCCUCACCCCUAACUUAUCCUCAGGGUCAACAGCACCGUUCCCUCCACCUAGACCCCCCUCUCCUUAGGACCACCCCUGAUGACUCCCCCGACUCCCCCCUCUAAACCUCCCCCUGUCUCACCCCCACCCCCUGUCUCACCCGCUGACCCCACUCCCUCACCACCAUUCCAUUUAGACUCCUCUACCCCCCUCCCCCCUAAACCCCUCACUCCCUCCUCACCCUCCUCAUCCACACCACCCCUUUUUUUAGCAUCUGAACUGCUCCCUCCUCAAAUUGACUCGGCCAUUGGCUCCACUGACACGACUGAUGUCCCUCAUGCCACUGUCCCAGAGGACUGUACCCCCCCACUCCCAAAACCCCAAGCACCUGAUGUCCUAGGGGCAUCCACUUCACCCCUCCCCACACCAAUAUCACCUCAAGUCUCAGUGCCCUCUACACUCCCUUUUCCUAAUAUCUUGGAUGUCUCUCCUCCUCCUCUCCCCGUAGAUAUGUCCUCUUCAAUCCCAGAGCUCUCUUCUUCAGAGCCAACCGUACCAGGACUUUCCUCUCACCCAGUCCUAAAUCCCUCCUCACUUCCUCUCUCCUCUGCCCGUGUAGCUCCUAUAGCAAAACCCCCUCCCUCCACUCCCCCCAUUCAUCCUCUUUCAAAACCCUCCUUAUCUUCUUUCUCCUCUCCCCCUGUUCCUCCUGUCUCAAAGUUCUCCUCACCCCCCCUUCCUAAACCUUCAGCACCUCGAAAACUCUCCGGUCCAUCCCAGCCGAGACCCCCUGUUCCUCACCCUCACUCGAUAGCCAAGCCAUCCUCCCCUGCUCUCCCCAGACCCCCUCUUCCAUCUACCAAGCCCUCGUUUCCCCCUCUCCCCACCCCACUAGUCCCUCUUUCAGCUAAGCCCUCCCCAGCCCCAGCCCCAGCCCCAACCCCAGCCCCAACCCCAGCCACAGCCCCACCACCUAGCAUCAGUAUCCUGGAGAAGCUGAUCAAAACAUGUCCUGUGUGGUUGCAGUUAGCCAUGGCCCAGGAGAAAUCCUCACUUAUACUGAAGAAAGAAACUCCUGGGAUCUUUUUAGUGCGUAAAAGCCCGGACCAGAAGGCCAUGGUUCUGUCAGUACGUGUGUCUAACCAGCAGGGGGAGCUUCAGGUCCAGGACAUUCUGGUUAAAGAAGAGAAGUCAUUGAUCUACCUGGAAGGGUCUGUCCUGGUCUUUGACACCAUCUUCAAACUCAUCUCCUUCUACUGUGUCAGCCGGGAUAUUCUCCCCUUCACUCUGAGGUUGCCUGAGGUCAUCGUCCAGGCAACCAAGUAUGAAGACAUAGACAUGAUAUCGACGUUAGGCUCAGAUUUCUGGGGCUCUCAGCUGAACAGUUCCUCUGAGGAGCCAGGACAAAGGGGCACACCAGUAGGCCAGGGCCAGGGUCACAGCUCCUCCUGUGAGAUCCAUCUGUCUGCUGGGACCGGUAACGAGCGGCUGUGGUACGUUAACCCCAUCUUCAUUGAGGAGUAUUGCAGCAGCCUGGAGGCCUCCACUCCCGUCGCUGCUCCCAUCCUCAGGAGCCAGAGCCUGAACACCCCAGGCCAAGGGCAGGGGCAAGUACCCCCCACGUUCAAACGCCCCCCACCCCGACCCCCUAAUGUCCCUGAGGGAUUGUUACUGUCACAGGGGGCCAAGCAUGGGAACAGAGGGACGUCUGAUUCCCCCUCCCCACGCUCACCACCCACACUUCGUAGAGUUACAGUCAAGUUAGGGCAGAAAGGGGAAGGAAACAGCAGCAAAGGCAGUGUGGAGGGAGAGAGAGCUGCCUCUCAACUUUGCUCAGAGAGAGAGGUGUCAGUUAUAGCCACUGACUCAGUAGCAGCUACUCAGCCUCUACAGCCGCUGUCACCGCACGGAGCAACAGCUAGACAUCAGCACCCAGCACCCCGGCCACCCCCACACAGGAUACCACUUGUGCCCCUCCGGCGGAUGCACUCAGAGAAGCGUCCUCCACCCCCAGGACAGGAGCCGCCCCAGGAGAGCAGUGUUGGUACAGUGCCUGUUGCUUCGCUGGUGUGCAUCGACGGCACCACCAACAUGGCAGAGGAGAAGAAGGAGUUAAGAGUGGAGCCCUAUGCUGGUGAGACAGAGACACUGCAGAGGCAAGGGACAUCAGAGACUUCAAACAACAGUGACGCUGUCAACGUGGCUGCACCAGCCCCUCUGACGAAGAGGGCCGCACCGCCAGUCCCGCCUCCCAGAAAGAAUAAGCCCUCCCAGGCCACGCCCACUACAACUCUCUCCCCAGACAUGAUAGGUGGAGAACUUCUCUCAAUCAAUGCAUCAUUAGACACCCCCCAGACCUCCAGCAUCCCCUCGCCAGCCCGGAGGGCCAUUUCCAUCGCUGAGGGGGAGGUGAGGGAGGCCAGGGGGGCAGAUGUGUCCCUGUACGCCCCUGAUGGUGGCGCGGCCCUGCCUGCAUUGGACCAUGACUCUUACUCUACCAGCAGCACAGAGGAGGAGGCUGAUACCGUGGCCAGCCAGGCUGGAGGGGCCGUUGGGACCAACAAUACCAAAGUGUCAAUGAAAAGGACCCCGACCAUUAUGCUGGACCGGGCCAAGCAACGCCUCUCCAUGGUCCACUUCCCCAGUGUGUUUACCAACUUCAUGAGCGCUGACCAUAAGCUGCAGAAGAGGAUUGUGGAACUGUCCCGGGACGGGAGCUCCUACUUCGGGAACCUGGUGAAGGAUUACAGGGUGUAUAUCCUGGAGACCAUGGGGAAGCACAGCUCCAGCACUGAGCUGCUGCAGGAGAUCAGGCAGAUGAUGACCCAGCUGAAGAGUUACCUCAUCCAGAGCACUGAGCUGCAGAACCUACUGGAGCCCAACGUCUACACAGAGGACAAACUAGAGGUGAUUAUGGAGGCUGCUCUGUGUAAGGCUGUGCUGAAGCCUCUGCGGGAGGCUGUCUACUCCGGCCUGAAGAACAUCCACUCCAGGGGGGGCUGUCUGAAGAGACUGAGGGAGAACCAGAGUGUGGUCCUGGGCACCACCACCACAGAUCUGGGGGUCACCACCAGCGUUCCAGAGAUCCCCGUCAUGGAGAAGAUCCAGCUGAAGCUGAUGACCCUCCACCUUGAGUACUCCCCUCAGAAGAAGAUUGAUCUGCUCCUCAAGACCUGCAAGAUCAUCUAUGAGUCCAUGUCUAUAGGCUGCCCAGGAAAAGCCUAUGGCGUGGAUGACUUCCUGCCGGUGCUGAUGUACGUCCUGGCCAGGAGCAACAUGGCCUUCCUGCUACUGGAUGUGGAGUACAUGAUGGAGCUGAUGGACCCUGCACUGCAGUUAGGAGAAGGCUCUUACUACCUGACGACCACGUAUGGAGCCUUGGAGCACAUAAAGAACUAUGACACGCAGGCGUUGACACAGCAGCUCAGUCUGGAGAUCCAGGACUCUAUCCACCGCUGGGAGAAGAGACGCACCCUGAACAAGGCCCGGGUGUCACGCACAUCUGUACAGGACUUCAUCAAUGUGUCGUUCCUGGAGGCGGGGUCUAACACUAAGACCCUGGGGGUUCUCUCCACCACCACGGCCCAGGACCUGUGUGCCCAGUGUGCGGGCAAGUUCGAGGUGCUGGAGCCAGAGUUCUACAGCCUGAGUGUGCUAGUUGAGGGCCACUACCAGCUCCUGGCCCCAGAGGAGUUCCCCCUCACCAUCAAGUCUAGUUUCCACCACAGUGAGCCCCGCAAGGAGUACCACUUUGUCUACCGGCCUGGAAGGACAGAGUCGGAAGGGCAGGAGGCCGAGAGUGAGGAGCCAGCACCCACAGCGGAGACAGAGCCUGACGAGGAGAAGAGUCUGAUCGAGAUAUGAUAUUAAGGUGUGUGUGUGUGUGUGUGUGUGUGUGGUGCGUGCAUGCAUGGCCUAGACGAAGCUCAAAUGAUUGAGGAGCUGCUCAAGGGAAUGCAAUGGCAUCCUCCUCAACCAUAACAGACAUUUUAAACGAGACAUGGAUUUUUUCUUUAGUGGCGCAAAAUGGACUGAACUCCAAGAUGGACAGGAUAGUUCUGCCAAACCAUACAAUCUUCAAUACAAUUCAACCUUCAGGUUUGAGAACAUGUGGAGCCUUUGUGAAAGAAGAGAACCAUCACCUCACCUCGGACCUCAGGUCUAAAUUUCACUCAAGUUUACUUUGGCUUCUGUAUGACUUCUACGCUGACUCAUCUUGCUCAGUGAGUCUCUGCAAGGUUGACCAAAGCUGCAGCGAUAAAGGGAUAUUGUCCUCCUCUAGUUUGAAAGGGUACAAUGGCAUGGAUAAUUAAAAGAUAAAGGAUCAGGACAAGGAGACUCGGUUUGCAUCCCAAAUGGCACCCUAUUCCCUACAUAGUGCACCAUUUUUGACCGGGGGACCAUUAGGGCACUAUGUAGGGAAUAGGGUCUAAUUUGGGCCGACCAUGUAUCCUGUCUGGUCGGUGUUCAUUUUCAUAUUUAACAGACUUUACGCUUCUUCAAUAGUUCAGACAGACAAUGAGCUGUUCAAUGGAUUUGCUAAUUGAAUUGUGCAUGACAAUAUCCUUGCCAAUAUUAUCUGAGUGGGUUUAUAUGCUCAAGACAGACUGCUACUCUCUGUAUAUCCAUAUUUGCUCUGCUGGAUUUGUAUACUCUUGCAGCUGUGCUGUGGAUCGGUUUCAUCAAUGUCCUGAAAGAACCUUUGAUGUCUCAUUCUAGAAGGUAUCUGUUACAAUACCAUCCAUUAAGGUCAAACGCAAUUCCCUUAAGUCUACCAGGCGCUCAUGGUUUACAUUGGUUAAUGGUGCUAAGCCAUAUUAUACUGUAAUGAAUUAAACUGUCACCAUGACUUUAUAUAGCGUGUGUCUUUUAUUGUUUUCCACAUUUGAUAAGUGAAUUGUGUCGUUUUUCAUAGGCAAACUGUUUUAUGUGGACGUAUCAGGAGAAGAAAUGCUGGAUAUACAUUUUUUGAUCAUUUCAGAAAUUCCAAUGUAUUAUCAAUAGAAUGGAUCCACACUGAAUAACAAAAUCCCUAAUUUACCCGCGUAGAAUUCUGUGGAAAAUGAUGUUAUAUUGAGUUGCUUUCCAAAAAAUCGUAAUGAAGUGAAAUAUUGUCUUACAAAAGGAGACAGGACAAGGAUAUAUCAGGUUAUUUGUGUUGGUGAGCGUAUGUGUGGUGUCUUUCCGUCUGUGACGUUUUGGGGGUACAAAGAAAUGAGGGGGUGUGUUGUCUGUAUGUCAGAUGGAGAGCGGGAGAGAUAAAGAGGGAGAGAGGGAGAGAUGAGGAGAGAGGGAGAUGGAGAGUACGCUAGAUGACGUCUAAGAGGUUAUCAGUUUGCACACGUAACAGAGUCCUUAAUUGAAACAAUAACAAAGCGUCACCCCGCCUCUGUUUUGCUAACAAGCUGAGGGAUGGCACUGGAGAAAUGUAACCACUCUCAAAUUCAUAGACAGAGCUAUGGAUGCAAGGACUGACCAUCCAUGAUGUCAUAAGUAUAGUUGUAACCAUGUUUUGAGGCUACACAGUGUUUGUUUACAUGUACAGUGUUUAUAACCAAAUGGAGUAAAACAAGCUCCCAUUUAGGGUUCUGAUAGGGUUUCACAAUCGAUCUGAGCUCAUGAAGCAUUUAUACGUUAAUUUCUUCAAGAAUCAAUGGGUAUUAUAUCAUUGAUUUAAAGUCCAAAAAUGGAUGUAGCAACUAAGGAUUUUAGCUUUAAGAACUUACCGAAAGCGCACUCCACAGCUAGCUCGAAAUGUCGCCAAUGGAACUAUCAAAUUAAAACUUUUUUUUAUAGCUUAAUUGGUUGGUACGAGCAGAGGCGGGGACAGUGGAGGAAGCUGCACUGUUAGCAGCACACCGACAUCAUUUCCACCGGUUGAAUCCCUAUUUGCAUAAAGUGUACAAGGUGAUGAUGCAAUAUGUGUCACAUUCCUGACCGGUUUUCUGUUAUUUUGUAUGUGUUUGACGGUCAGGGCAUGAGUUUGGGUGGGUAGUCUAUGUUAUGUGUUUCUAUGUUGGUAAAAGGGUGACCUGAUAUGGCUCUCAAUUAGAGGCAGGUGGUUUUCAUUUCCUCUGAUUGAGAGCCAUAUUAAGGUAGGUGUUUUCACUUUGAUUGUUGUGGGUGGUUGUUUCCUGUGUCUGUGUUUGUAGCGCCACACGGGACUGUUUCGGUUUGUUUGUCCGUUCGUUCGUUUUGUGUAGUUAUUUCUCCUGUUCGUGCGUUCUUCGUUACAUGUAAGUUCUUACGUCCAGGUCUGUCUACAUCGUUUUGUUAUUUUUGUUUAGUAUCAAGUAUAGUUCGUUUUUUGUCUGGUUUAAAUAAAUAUAAUGUCAUUUCACAACGCUGAUUUUUGGUCGAAUCCCUGCUCCUCCUCUUCUGAAUGAUGAAGAGGAGGAGCAGGGAUUCGAUCUCCCCCUUGCUCGCACACACUUUUUCAGUUCUGCCCACACAUUUUCUAUAGGAUUGAGCUCAGGGAUUUGUGAUGGCCACUCCCAUACCUUGACUUUGUUGUCCUUCAGCCAUUUUGCCACAACUUUGGAAGUAUGCUUGGGGUCAUUGUCCAUUUGGAAGACCCAUUUGCGACCAAGCUUUAACUUCCUGAAUUAUGUCUUGAGAUGUUGCUUCAAUAUAUCAACAUCAUUUUUAUCCCUCAUGAUGCAUUCUAUUUUGUGACGUGCACAAAGUCCCUCCUGCAGCAGCGCACCCCCACAACAUGAUGCUGCCACUCCCAUGCUUCACGGUUGGGAUGGUGUUCUUUGACUUGCAAGCCUCCCCCUUUUUCCUCCAAACAUAACGAUGGUCAUUAUGGCCAAACAGUAAUAUUUUUGUUUCAUCAGACUAGAGGACAUUUCUCCAAAAAGUACAAUCUUUGUCCCUAUGUGCAUUUGCAAACCGUAGUCUGUCUUUUUUAUGGUGGUUUUGGAGCAGUGGCUUCUUCCUUGCUGAGUGGCCUUUCAGAUUCUGUCGAUAUAGGACUUGUUUUACUGUGGAUAUAGAUACUUUUGUACCUGUUUCCUCCACCAUCUUCACAAGGUCCUUUGCUGUUGUUCUGGGAUUGAUUUGCACUUUUCGCACCAAAGUACAUUCAUCUCGAGGAGACAGAACGCGUCUCCUUCCUGAGCGGUAUGACGGCUGUGUGAUCCCAUGGUGUUUAUUCUUGCGUUCUAUUGUUUGUACAGAUGAACGUGGUACCUUCAGGCGUUUGGAAAUUGCUCCCAAGGAUGAACCAGACUUGUGGAGGUCUACAAUUUUUUUUCUGAUGUCUUGGCUGAUUUCUAUUGAUUUUCUCAUUAUGUCAAGCAAAGAGGCACUGAGUUUGAAGGUCGGCCUUGAAAUACAUCCACAGGUACACCUCCAAUUAACUCCAAUUAUGUUAAUUAGCCUACCAGAAGCUUCUAAAGCCAUGACAUUUUCUGGAAUUUUCCACGCUGUUUAAAGCCACAGCCAACUUAGUGUAUGUAAACUUCUGACCCACUGGAAUUGUGAUACAGUAAAUUAUAAGUGAAAUAAUCUGUCAAAAUUACUUGGAAAAUGACUUGUGUCAUGCACAAAGUAGAUGUCCUAACCGACUUGCCAAGAAAUUUGUGGAGUUUGUGGAGAAAUUUGUGGAGAAAUUUGUGGAGUGGUUGAAAAACGAGUUUUAAUGACUCCAACCUAACUGUAUGUAAACUUCCGACUUCAACUGUAAAUAUACAAAAAAAUAAAAUAAUAUACUUCGAACACGAGAUGUAUUUUUCGAGUAUAUGUUAUGUAUACUGUAAAUAUAAUAUCAUUACACUUCAACACACUUUUUAAAAGUUAAAAGUGUACUUUAUAUUAAUAGUUUUUUCAGUCUUUUAGAAUCCUAUACUUGUCUAGUUAAAUAAAGGUUAAAUAAAACAAAAUAAAAUACUAUAUGUUCACUAUCAUUAAACUUAAACACACUCAUUAAAACUGUUCUUCAACUUCAAAUCGCUUUAUUUGUAAUUUAGUAUUCAUUCAAAAUACACUUGGAGUUGGACGAAGCAUUGUUUUUUUUAAUGAAACUCUGCUUUGCAGUGAUCAUGUAAACUAUAAGUAUACAGUGCCUUGCAAAAGUAUUCAUACCCCUUGUAUUUCUUCAAAUUUUAUUGUGUUAAAAAGUGGGAAUAAAUUGAUUUAAUUGUCAUUCGUUGUCAACAAUGAACACAAAAUACUCUGUAAUGUCAAAGUGCAGAGCCCCACCUCUUUCAGCCCCACAUUUUUACCAAAGAAUUUCCCAAAAUAUUUAUAGAUUUUUUUGGGGGGGGGGGGUGCUUGCCUGUUUUGCAUGUUAUUUUGGCAUUAAUAUGAGUCACAUAUCAGUUUGCAAACAAUGUAAAAAAAUAUAUAUCAUUGAGUUAAUAAAGCUGCAUAUA